GUCGCGUCGGCCAUCAUCACCGCCAGCUAAGUGAGUUAUGGAGUCCUCUCUCCACAAACGGGAAGAAGAACGAAGAGAUCAAGCCGAUAUCAGAAAGCAGAUUACAGUGCUACAGGCCCAGCUCAAGGACUUACCAGAAGACCAACCUUCACCUUGUCGUUCGCCAAAAAGAAAGAAGAAAGAACCAGUUUUACUUGCUCCUGCUACACCUUCUCCCAGAAAACGAAGAAAGACUAAGCAUCUGGAGCAAUCGAGAUCAACAUCGUCGAUCCGCCCCCACCAUUCCAGAGCUACUCUUGAACCGCUCAACCAAGAACCAGAGCACGAUGCUCCAGCGUUUCAAAAACCCAAACCAUCAAACUUCCUCUCCAAGCUUGCCGACUUCCGUAGUCAGGAAGAAGAAGAAGAGGCGACCAACACCGGUCGAAGUUCAAGAACAACCGCAUUCACAGAUAAAACACGCCCUCAUCCCAUCCCUAGUUCAUCCUCCUCGAUUCAACGUGAUGAUCGGCUGGCUCUCGUAGCAAAUAUGGAACCCGGACCGAUUAAACACACUCCCUCAUUUGAUGAUCCCCUGUUUGAGAAGAUUGAACCAAAUUCUGGGAUCAGACUAUCUUCACGAGCUCUCAGUCAUGAAGAUUUACAAGACCAUCUGCGUGGGCGGUACUACCUUUCUCCCUCACUGCUCUACUCUUGUAUCCGUUUGCUACCCGAUAAGCAGGGAUACGAUGUUCCUGUUCCAGGAGACUGGGUAACCAUUGCAGUCGUUGCAGAACGAGGACCAUUGAAGUAUACCAGUGCUCCCGUCGAAGUUCGCAAGGACGAUGACGAAGCUGCGAAACAGAAACGAAAGCCAAGUGAUGGAAAGGAAACAAGUAAAGGCAAGAAGUACAUUAACUUCAAGCUCAUCGAUUUUGGGUCCCGCUCUAGUGGUUCAGCAUCCGGUGGCAAAUCAGUCAUUAGGGGGGACGCUUUUCUAACGCUCCUGCUGUUCGAGGCGGAUAGCUAUGAUCUAGUAAGUCAUGAAGGUUCGAAGCGUCCGGAGAAGAUAUACAAGGGCGGGAGUCGGGGAGCUUUCGAGGCCAUGACAAAGUUGAAGGAAGGAGAUGUUGUCGCGCUACUCAACCCAAGAGUCCUCAAGCCAUUCCAGCGCCGACAUGACGACCCACAUCCUGUACACAACAUUCUCGCCAUAACCCCGGAAUCGACUACAUCCAUAACUACAAUAGGCAGAUCGAAGGACCUCGGAAUGUGUACGGCCGUCAAACGAGACGGCAAGGUCUGUGGUUCGUGGUGCGACAAAAGAGUCGGCAAUGUCUGCGACUAUCAUCUACAGACUGCCAUUGAUAGUCGACGAGCAUCGAGGCCUGAGUUCUCUGGAGGGACUUCGGGACUCAGCAAAGCCAAAAGGAAGUCUGACUACGAUCCACGCCGGCAAUGGGGAUUGCAACCAACGAAUCAAUCCAGUGAUUCAGAUGCAACAUACGUCUUCUCCGGUCACAUUGCGGGAGGCGAUCCAUUCUUCGCAGAUACGUUUGGUCGGGAUGGACAAACAAGAGCACAAAAGAAGAUGGCCAAUAGGGAGUCUGAAAAAGUGUUACAAAAGCUAUUAGAAAGAGAUAAGGUUGGAAUGCAGGGUAUCAUGAAGACCAGACAAAUGAUGAAAGACACGAAAAAUCUUGGUGAAGGUGGGGGAGAGAAAGGAUUGGAGGGACAAGAAGGGGCCUCUGCGAUUCUAGACGGAAAUCAUCCUCAGUCGAAACGGAGAUCCAGAGCGACUUUCCAACUUGUAAAGAUGACGGGAUUUGACCCCACGACGACAAGGCACGGAGAGGCACGUCCGAGGAGUGAAGAUGUGCAGAAAAAGAUGGAUGAGCUGGCUGCUCUGCAUCGUUCUCGCAAAAACAUGGUACCUGGGCCACGUACAGCCAAACGAUCUCGUUCUGCGGUCAUUCCACCUCCUGCCAGAGACAGCCUGCGGGAACCACAAAGUGUUACGACGGGCAUCGGUGAAGGGCUUAUUGAUUUAGACUCGGAUUAA